AUGGAUCAUUUGCAGAACUCUCUAGCAACAUAUUAUGAAGAACCUUUGCUUCUUAUCUCAUAUGAUAACAACUCAAGAAAAUUUCAAUUGGAACAAAAUGGGAUUGAUUUUUUGAAAUCCUUGAAUGAACCUAUAGGGGUAAUCUGUGUAGCAGGAAUGUAUCGCACUGGUAAAUCAUAUGCAUUUUUAUAAUUUUUUAUAUAUUAUUAUAGGCACCCAAGCCCUAUUUUAUAUAUAAAAAAAGUCUGCAAUUUUUUUUCUAUAAGUUUAUAAACUGUUAAAUUAGAAUAUUUACUUAACAGAGUGCUACUAAACCGUAAAAAAGGCUUCGGAGUCGGACCAACAGUAAAUCCCUGUACAAAAGGCUUAUGGAUUUGGGGAUCUCCCAUUUCUGGAAUGACAAAAGAUGGAAAGCCAUGCAAUGUAAUAAUUAUCGAUUCUGAAGGCAUAGGAGCACUCGACGAAGACUCUAAUCACGACACCCGCAUUUUUUCACUGGCAAUUUUAUUGAGCUCUAAUUUUAUUUAUAAUUCUGUAGGUGCAAUUGAUGAAGAUGCCAUUCAAAAUUUAAGCUUAGUCGUAAACUUAACCAAGCAUAUUCACAUUAAAAGCUCACAAUCAGACGAGCUUGACUGUGAAGACUACGCUGAAUAUUUUCCUUCAUUUUUAUGGGUAGUCAGAGAUUUCACCUUAAAAUUAGUAGAUUCUGAAGGCAAAAAUCUAACACCUAAAGAAUAUUUAGAAAAAGCCUUGCAGCCCCAGAAAGGGUUUUCUGACACAAUUGAAGAAAAAAAUCGAAUAAGAAAAUUAUUAGCGAAUUUUUUUAAGGAAAUUGACUGCUGCACACUUAUAAGGCCGAUAUCAAGAGAAGAAGAUUUACAGAGACUUGAUGAUAUGGAUUUAAAUCAGCUAAGGCCAGAAUUUGUAGAACAGAUGCUAGAAGUAAGGAGAAAAGUGCUAGGAAAUAUAAAUGCGAAAGUUAUGAAUGGAAGAGAGCUGUCUGGAGAAAUGAUUGCGAGCUAUUUGGAAUCUUAUGUAGAAUCUAUAAAUUCUGGGGUAGUUCCAAACCUCGAAGAUGCGUGAAGCUAUAUCUGCCAAAAUCAAAAUAGAAAAAUUUUUGAAGAAUCCAAAGAAGUUUAUCAAAAAACAUUAGAAAAAUGUGCAGAAGAAAUGUUUCCAGUUCCUUAUGAAAAGUUAGUAGUAUAUCAUAAGACGUCUAAGAAUGCAGCAUUUAAGUAUUUCGAAAGCAGAAGUGUAGGGGAAGAUAAAUUGUGGUAUUUAGAAGAGCUUGCGGCACAUAUAAAAGAAAAAUUUGAAAUCCUUAAAGAUGAGAAUCUAAGUGAGACGAAAAUUGAGUGCGCAAAAUUUUUGGCUGAAAAAUAUAUAGAGAUUGACAAAAAAAUCAAGCAAGGAGAAAUUAAUAAGCUUGUAGAUUUUGAAAAAGCUUUAAGGAGUUUUGAAAAUGAUUUUGAUAAUUUUGGACCAAAAGGACCUAACAGCAAAGAGUAUUUUUUGGAAUUUGCAAGAGAAAAAUUAAAAAAAGUCGCGGAUAAUAUAGAAAUUUCCCAUAGAUGGCGCUGUUUGCCCUUGAUUUGCCCACUGGGGAAAAUUUUUGGUUUCGACCAGUACCAUAUGGUUUGGUCAAACCAAAAAAUUCUCCUCAUGGACAAAUCAAGGGCAAGCAGCGCCAUCUAUGGGAAAUUUCUAUAUGCUGAAACAAGCAUUAAAUGAAGUAGAAUUACAGCAUACAAUAUCCAGUGAACAAAUAAUAAGAUUAGAGUCAGAAUUAAAGCUCACAGAAGAAAAAUUAAUUUCUGAAAGAAAUGACUCAUUGAAUAAAAUUAAUUUAUUACAAGGAGAAAAAUCAGAAUAUGCAGCGAAAGAAAAGUCAUUAAAAGAGCAAGUAUUGCAUUUAAUUGAAGAAAAAGAUAAACUAGAAAACGAGCUAAGAGGCACUUUAGAUAAAUAUAAAGCUAAAUACCAAAAAGAGGUUGAGCUAUCCCUAAAUUACAUUGAGAUUAAUCUUCCUUUUGUUUAAAGUUCAAUGUCACAUCACCUGCCUGGGCUUCCGUUCCUGCUUCUGAGUUUCCCGGUCCACUGUCACUCCAGCAUCGCGCAGCUUCGCCCUUGAAAAGUCCUUAGCCUUCGGACGUUCGGAUUUUAACAGCCUUCCUUCCAGCUCGACCGCCUAAGGUUGGGGCAUCCUUCCAGAAAAUUCGAUUUCCCUAAGGGGCAUGAGUCCUGUUCUGUGCGUCUCAAUAUCUUAAAGCCCUGCCAUAGCCGGGAUAUAUUCGCUAGGAAAGCCAAACCUCAUAAUCCUAAAAUGCAAAAAAAGAAUUUCGGCCAGGAGGGCAGAAAAUUCAAGUGACAGCAUUUAAUGAUUAUGAGGUUGAGCUAUCAAAUUCUAAAGUUUCUGAGCUGAAUGACUAUGUAAAAGAAUUUGAAAGAGAAAAUGCUAUCAAAAUCGCAGGCUUUGAAGAAGAAAAAGCUCUUUUGACACAAAAAAUAUCUUUUUUAGAGAAUUCUCUUGAAGAUUAUAAACAGAGAGAUAAAGUGUCUUCUGAUAAAAUAAAAGAAGUAAGAAACGACCAUAACCAAGUAUUGAAACUAAUGCAAAAUAAAUUUGACUCACAGAUUUCGCAAUUUCAAGAAAAAUUGGAUUUACAGAUGAAGGAAAUUGGUGAAUUUGAAAAUGAGAUUGAAAAUAAAGAGCAAUUAAUUGAAGAUUUACAACAAAAAUUACAAGAAAAUCAAGCGCAAAAUUUAAAAAUAAUAAAAGAGCUGCAAAAUCAAAAUGAAGCAUUAACCAAAGGAUUAAAAGAAAAAGAUGAGGAAUUUAAAGAAAAAUUAGCGGAGCAGCAGCAAGAAAAUAUUAAAUCAACUGCUAGACUAAGAGCAAGAUUAGAAGAAACAGAAAAGAAGCUCAGAGGAAGUGAGGAGCUUUUAAGGAACGAUAUGUCUAUUUGGGCACAAGAUAAUGCUAUUUUAGUCCAAAAAAUUGAAUUUUUGGAACAAGAAGUAGCAGAACACAAAAAUAAAAGAGAAGAAGAUAUUCUGCUUUCUAUAAAAUAAUCAUUUUUAUUUUCUAUAAAAAAUACUAUCAAAUUCUUAACAAUAUACAAUAAAAAAUAUUAUGAAAGCAUGAUUUCAGCAUUAGAAAUCAACAAAGUCAGCGAAAACAGCACAAACUUUGAUGAAAUCCACAAUGAGCAAUCUGAAAAAAUAUUAAAAUUAACAAAAGAGAAUGAAUCAUUAAGAUCACAAAUGAACUCAAAACUUGAUGAAUUGACAGACAUUAAUAAUAAACUAGAAUCAAAGUUAAAGCUAGAACGAAAUGAUUGGACCCAUAAAGAAAAUUUAUAUAAAGAGCAAAUCGAAGGGCUCACCUCAGAAAAAUCAGAUCUGCAAUCUAAAUUAUCCAGAAAAAACACUCAGCCAGAAUCUCAUAAAAGAGUGAAUUCUAUUGAAUACGAAAAAGAAAUCGAGCAUAUAAAAUCUUCUUAUCACGAUGAAAUAGAGCUUCUCAAGUCUCAGCAUGAAACCACACUUAUGCAGCUUAAAGGGUUUUACGAACAAGAAAAAAAUCGGUUUGACCAAAGAAUCCAGCAAGAAAAAUCAAAAGCUGGACGUCAUAUAGAAGAAAUUACUGAUGACUAUGAAAGGCAGCUUGAAAUUGAAGCCAGCAAUCACGAAGAAGAAAUCGCAUCAUUGCAUAACGAAUUUAGAGAAAUGGAAACAUUUUACACAGAAGAAAUCACCAAAUUAAAUGAAAAAAUUGAAUUAGAUAACCAGAAAAUAGAGAGUCUUGAAAAACAUAUUGCUAAUUUAAAAACUCAGCUGAAUUCUACAUAUGAUUUUCACUCAAAUGCUCUUGAAUCUCAUCAAGAAAGCUUUAAUCAGCAGAGGCAAGGACUAUUUGACAAAUUGGAAACAAUGGCUACUGAUAUUGCUGAAAAAGAAAAAAAUUUAAUAUUAUUGAGGCACUCAAAAGAACAAAUUGAUAGGCAACUAAAUGCAAAAACAAAGGAUUUUGAAGAAUUAAAUGAAAAAUAUAUAAGCGAAAAAAGCAGUUUGGUAGAACAACUUAAUAAGAUUAAAGGAGAAAAAGAUGAGCUGAUGCUGGAAUUAGCAAAAGCGAAUAGUAAAGCAAAAAGAGAGCUUGCACUGUCUGCAAAUGAUAUAGAAAUGCUGCAGAAAAAACUAUCAGAAACUGAAACGCAGCUGGAAGAAAGUGAAUCUCGCUAUAAAGAGUCUAUAAUGGCAUUAAAAGAUGAAGUGGGAUCAAAAACAGAUAUUAUAACGCAAAGGCUUUUUAAAGAAAAUGAAGCACUUCAGCUGAAGUUAUCAGAUACUAAAAAAACUCUCAAGCAGCUAUCAUCGUCUAAUGCUAAGCAAAAUGCUGAAUUUGAAAAAGAAAAAUCAUCCUACGAAGAAAAAAUAGGAGAAUUAGGGAAAAAAUAUUCAGACUUAGAAAGGCAAUAUCAAGAGAUCCAAGAUAUAGCUUGUAAAAUUGAAUUAAGGCUCUUUACAUUUUAAAAUUAAGAUUCUUUUAAAAAGUGUUUUCAAUAAUUAGAGAAUCAAAUUAAUCAAAUACAAUAUAAAUCUCCAGGAAAAUCAAAAUCUGAAGUGUCAACAAAUAAUAAUAACGAACUUGAAAAUCUAAAGGUUCAAAUAUCUAAACUUGACAGAGAGCUAAGCACAAGGCAGCUUUCGUAUGACAGAGAUAAAAGUCUUUGGGAAAAUAAAUUCAACUUUCUACUCCAGCAAAGAGAUCAAGCCCGAAAAGAACUGGCAUCAGCCCAAGAAAAAUUCGACUCAAUAGUCGAAGAAAUUAAAUCAAAAUCCCUCUCAGAAAAAGAAAAAAUUGAAGCCAAAACAAACUCCAUGAUUUCUUCAAUCGAAGCAAAAUUCAGCUUACAAAUAUCAGAAAUCCAAAGUAAAAACGAUUUUCAGCAAAAAGAAAUUAAAGAUAAAUACCGGCAAAGUGAAAGAAAAAUCCAAGAAUUAAUUGAAGAAAUCGAAAAAGAAAAACAAAAAAAAGAAUCAAUUACUGCCUCAUAUGACAGAAAAAUUUUACAAUCUCAAGAAGCAGUCAGAAUACUAGAAAACGAAAUUAAGCAAGAAAGAGAAACCAGCCAAGAAAGCCUUAUGCAGCUAAUGGACAAGUUUUCAAAAGAAAGAGACGAAUGGAAAAAUAUAAUCAACGAAUAUGAAAAAAAAAUUAAGGAUCUUGAAGCCCACAAGUCGCAGCAAUUUAUUUUACAUGAAAAAGAAAGGGCGAAAUGGGCUCUUGAAAAAGACUCAAUAAUGUCGAACCAGACUGAAGCACAGCAUCAGUUGACACAUGUGCUGAAGAGGCAGGAUAGUUUAAAGAAAGAAAAUGAAAAAUUGAAAGCGCCUCGGCAAAGAUUGAUACCAAAAAAGUCUUCUGAAGUGUCAUUGAGUACUAAUAUUUCAUUUGAGGAGAUGUCAAGAUAUAAUCUUUAUAGUGGAAAAACAACGCCGACAAAAUUGAGUUCGGAAAUUUCUCCAAAAGCGCAAUUCAAUUUUAAAAGCCCACAACAGAGAUCUCGGAAUUCAUCAAAUAACUCAUAA